GAAGCACAUUCACUUUCAUGAGUGCCUAACACUCGACUUCAUUUUAAAGUCUCCAUUUGUAUUCCUUUCAUUAUUCAGAAUUACAAACGCCUACCGACGCUACAAGAGCGGUUUUAGUUUGUCUUGCAAUCAGUUGAGACACCUACCAAGUCAAUUCCUUUUUUCUGCAAGCGGCAUCUUCAUCUGCAGAAGAAGUCAUCGAUAAACUUUCAGAAGAUAUCCCAGUCUUUAUCAAGCAACAAAGAGAAUUAUAUAUAUUGAUUUCUGAACAAAACAAAUAUUGAUCAUUUUGGAGGCGAUAAGAUAUCGAAUUCCUACAUAGUCCAAUCAUUUUUAUAUUACCAACAAAAAGAGGAUAAGCAAAACAAAGAAAAUAAAUUGCAGGAGGAGACCUCAUCAUUUAUCCUUAUCUGAAAGAUGUAUCAGUUGCAUCUGAUAUUGCUCUGUGUUAGUUUCUGCUCCCUCUUCAGACCAACGGCUAGCUUUUGUUAUGAACAAAAUGCCAACACGGAAUUCACAAGGUUUGGACGCGCCAUUAAGUUCUGCAGCUUUCGAGGAAUCAAACUUUUGUCCGGAUCUCGGCUAAAAACUCAAGACUGUUUCUCUUGUAACUGCACAACCGAAAAACUAAAAUGUUGUGGGUUUGGUGUGAACAGCGGUUUGCACGUGGUUCCAAGACAUUGCAAGAUGCUGAAGGACGGCUGCACCCCACACUAUGUUCGUCGGGACAACGAAAACGUCGAUUGUGUUUCCGGUACACCGAUAAUGAUCGACGAUUCUGCUCAUAAGAAAUCAGACCACGACUAAAAAUGAUUACUGCUGCACAUUGUUCGACUCACCGACAUGAGGCAUGAAUAAGAACUACUGGAAAAACAGUCAAACUAUGCACGGCAUUCAUUGUGGCAAAUUAGAAUAGAAUAUAAGUAUUUUAGUAAGCAACUUAUAUUUUAGUUUUCUUUUUGCUUUUUUUCCAGGUUCGAAUCCUGGCUAACGCAUUUGAUUUUUGUGGUUGUCACGGUGACCACUCGAAGAUAAUUUCACAUCAUAAAAUUUUAACUGAUCUAUCCUGACUCCCCUAGACCGACUGUCAAGUGGAACUAGUGACCUUCAUGCGUCAUAUUUAACGAUUAUCAUCACUUACCUCUUCACACCAUCCUUUUUGAACCACCACCACCAUCAUCACCAUCGUCGUCAUCAUCGUUAUUUUGUUCUUUACUUACAUCAGCUUUUGAGUUCAAAUCCCGCAAGGCUUGAAUUUACCUCUUCUUAAAUUUCAAGGAUGGGGUGUCUAUCAUGAAGUAAUGAAAUACCAGUCGUCUACUGAGGUCAAUAUAAUCGAUUAUGCUUCCUCCCUCCACCACCGUUUUGCCUUGUAUUUAGUUACGAUCAUUUCAUGCAUUCUGCCUUAAAUUCCACCGAGGUCAUCUUUCACUUUCAUCCCCCUGGGGUUGAUAAUGUAAGAUACUAGCCAAGGACUGGGGUGAAGGGUGGAUUCAAUCAAAUGAGCCCCGCCCUUAAUUUGGCGGCGUUGUGCUUUUAUUAGAAACAAUCAUUAUUAUUUAUGACAUUAUCAUCACUAUCGUCAACUUCAUUAUCAUCAUCAACUUCAUUAUCGUCGUCAUAAUUAUUCUUCUUAUUGGGAGCGAAAGUCGAAGAAAUGAAAUACCAAUCUAGCAGAUCAAACUCCGAAAUCUGAUUUUAAUUCUGCCAGUGGAGUAAUUUCAGUUCAUGUUCGUCUUUCGUGGCCUUGGGAGAUGGAUAUAUACCACAACAUCUUAUUUUCUUCACUUAAAAUUCGCAAACAUUCAUAUCAAUGAAACAAGCAAUUAUUAUUGACAUUAUCACGAACAUUAAUGUUCGGUGGAUUGGCAGAAUCGUUGUCAGAGAAAAUAGCUUGUGAUAUUUCUUCUGGCUUUUUACGUUCUGAGUUCAAAUCCUACUAAAGUCAACUUUGCCAUUCAUUCUUCCGAGUUCAAUAAAAUGAAGAACUAGUCAAGUAUUGGAGUCGAUGUAAUCGACUGCUCCUCAUUGUGACAAGAACCUUGCACGGUAGGAAAUUCUCCGAACGUUUGCGAACCAUUUCGAUUCAUAAUUGAAACCUUCUCAUUUCUCUAUAUUCAUCGGGAAGGUCAUAAACAUCACAGCACUUCAUUUUCCGUCAUGGAUAGAAAACAAAUAUCCAGGCUUCAUGUAAUCCUUACCAAAUCUCUCAACUCAAUAUUUUCAGCUUUAUAAUCAACCAAAAUCCUACGUUUCCCAAUAACACCAACAAUAUUUUUAAAAUUCAGUUUCUUGUAACAACGUAUGUUUUCAUUAAACCAUUUAACAGUAA